AUGGAUGGGCUACCGAGCUAUCCCGCUUCUCACAGGAGCUUACUCUACGACCUCGAGUUCUUGACUGAUGAGACUGGACGACGAGUGGCCAUUUGGCUAUUGGGCUGGAUGGUACAGCUUGCUUUUGGCGCACCAACUCUUACACCCGAGUUCCAGCCCAGCCAGUCUUCGAUUGCUCUGACCGAACUUGAAGUCAAACGCAGACCGCGAUCUGCGAACAACGGCGAGUUCUCACGAAUAAUGAGCCCUGACGCGUGGCGGCCAUUGCAGCAGCAGGUUGGCGUCGACAGCAUCCUGAAGUACGUCGUAGCCGAGACGAGCAAGGGCGGACAUUCCUGA